AUGUAUCUGACAGUGCGCCCAGGAGAGGUUUUUGGCCUGUUGGGUCCAAACGGUGCCGGAAAGACGACAUGCAUUAAUAUGCUUGUGGGUUUCAUGAAGCCUACGUCUGGAUCGGCUCUCAUCAAUGGCAUGGACAUCGCGCAGUCCAUGGAACAGAUCUACGACAGCAUGGGUGUCUGCCCCCAACACAAUCUGCUUUGGGACACGCUAACGGCCACCGAGCAUCUUCUGUUUUACGGCCGCCUGAAGGGCCUCACUGGGGCAGAGUUGAAGGCAGCUGUUGCCGAUGCCCUCAAAUCUGUGCGCUUGUUUGCCAAUGGCGUGGGAAACAAGCUGGUGAAGACGUACAGUGGAGGGAUGAAGCGCCGCCUCAGCGUCGGGAUAUCUCUUAUUGGAGACCCCAAAGUCGUGUACCUCGAUGAACCAAGCACGGGCUUGGAUCCCGCUUCUCGCCGGAAUCUGUGGGGUACUGUGAAGAGGGAGAGAAAGGGAAAGGCCAUCAUACUGACGACGCACAGCAUGCAGGAGGCGGGGGUGCUGUGCGACCGGGUGGGGAUAAUUGUCAACGGCAGCCUGGUGGCCAUCGGCAGCCCGCAGCGGCUAACGUCGAGGCAUGGGGACUAUCUGGUGAGAGUCCAUACGUGUUCACAAGCGAUCCUGUUUCGUUAUGUAUGCUAA